GUUAGUGUGACACUCAAAGCAGCUUCAAGCAAAAUAUAGCGAGAAUUCAUUUUGUCACUCAUUCAGGAUCGCCGUCUCGACUCUCAAGAGGAUUUGCCCUGUCAUACAGCUCAUUGAUUCGAGACACAUAUCCCACCUUCAGGCUGAUUCCCCGACCACGAUAAACCAUGGCGUCCAGGAUACCACAUUCGACCCUCCAUGGAGGGUGUUUCUGCAAGCGCGUGAGAUACUCAAUUGACGUGGACAUACCUCCAUUAUUGAACGCUUAUUGUCACUGUACUCGAUGUCAAAAACUUUUUGGAGCACCUUUCAUCCAUACCAUUCACUUGCGUCCAGAGGCCUUCAAAUGGACCACAGCCCCAAUCCCACUCUCGAACGUUACGGACGAAUACGUGGUCAUCAACGUCAAGCACCGUUUCCGCUGCAAAACUUGCGGCUCUCACAUUGCAAGCUGGAACGAAGCUAAACAAAAGUGGAGCGUAUGGGGCGCAACAUUGGAUCGUGACGUCAACGGACGAAUUAUUGACUGGUCAUUUGUGAAGCCAACUGACCAUAUGUUUUACGGAACGAGAAUGCUCGACAUUCCCGACAAUCUGGGAAAGUGGGAAGGGUAUCCAAAUCAAUCAGAACCGGUGCACGCGCCGCUGACGGAGGAUGCAUGAUAAAAUCUUCACACUCUUCACCCUGAGACUCGCAGUGCAUGGUCAAAGGAUUAAUAAUAUUGCGAACGUAACAUGGUAACAUGAUAAUAAUAUUUAUCCCCGCC